AUAUAGUAAAGGUAGGGCGGACGCAGCCAAUUCCUGGGUUCGUGGCGGGCGUGCCUGUGGUGCCCCGCAGUCCACUUGUCCGUCCUUCCCUCUCUGACUCUCCUACCCCGGGCCUGUCUCUGCAGAGGUCAAGGGAGGCGGGGGCCCAGCACACGUCCCCAGUGGCAGCGGGAGCGGCAGCUGCGGGUUCGCGGAGCCCCCGACCCCCCAAGGGCUAGAGGAGCGCUCGGUGGACGAAAGAAAGCCCGCGAGCGGCUGCGCGCCCACCAAUAGGUGCGGGGCUCGGAGCCGCGCAGCCUGCGCCGUACCUCCCUCCGCCCCCGCCCCGCCGCCGCCGCCGCCGCCGCCGCCGCCGCCGCCUCCUCCCCCUCCUCCUGCUCCUGCCUUGGCUCCUCCGCCGCGCGUCUCGCACUCCGAAAGCCGCAGCGGCAGCGGCGCGUCCUGCCUGCGGAGAGCGAGGCCGGAGAAGCCGAGCGGCGCAGAGGACGGCAGGGCGCGCGCCGCAGCCACCCACCCUCCGGACCGCUGCAGCUGCUGACCCGCCAUCGCCAUGGCCCGCGGGAAAGCCAAGGAGGAGGGUAGUUGGAAGAAAUUCAUCUGGAACUCAGAGAAGAAGGAGUUUUUGGGCAGGACCGGUGGCAGUUGGUUUAAGAUCCUUCUAUUCUACAUAAUAUUUUAUGGCUGCCUGGCUGGCAUCUUCAUCGGAACCAUCCAAGUGAUGCUGCUCACCAUCAGUGAAUUUAAGCCCACAUAUCAGGACCGAGUGGCCCCGCCAGGAUUAACACAGAUUCCUCAGAUCCAGAAGACUGAAAUUUCCUUUCGUCCUAAUGAUCCCAAGAGCUAUGAGGCAUAUGUGCUGAACAUAGUUAGGUUCCUGGAAAAGUACAAAGAUUCAGCCCAGAGGGAUGACAUGAUUUUUGAAGAUUGUGGCGAUGUACCCCGUGAACCGAAAGAACGAGGAGACUUUAAUCAUGAACGAGGAGAGCGAAAGGUCUGCAGAUUCAAGCUUGAGUGGCUGGGAAAUUGCUCUGGAUUAAAUGAUGAAACUUAUGGCUACAAAGAGGGCAAACCAUGCAUUAUUAUAAAGCUCAACCGAGUUCUAGGCUUCAAACCUAAGCCUCCCAAGAAUGAGUCCUUGGAGACUUACCCAGUGAUGAAGUAUAACCCAAAUGUCCUUCCCGUUCAGUGCACUGGCAAGCGAGAUGAAGAUAAGGAUAAAAUUGGAAAUGUGGAGUAUUUUGGACUGGGCAACUCCCCUGGUUUUCCUCUGCAGUAUUAUCCCUACUAUGGCAAACUCCUGCAGCCCAAAUACCUGCAGCCCCUGCUGGCCGUACAGUUCACCAAUCUUACCAUGGACACUGAAAUUCGCAUAGAGUGUAAGGCGUACGGUGAGAACAUUGGGUACAGUGAGAAAGACCGUUUUCAGGGACGUUUUGAUGUAAAAAUUGAAGUUAAGAGCUGAUCACAAGCACAAAUCUUUCCCACUAGCCAUUUAAUAAGUUAAAAAAAGAUACAGAAACAAAAACCUACUAGUCUUGAACAAACUGUCAUACGUAUGGGACCUACACUUAAUCUAUAUGCUUUACACUAGCUUUCUGCAUUUAAUAGGUUAGAAUGUAAAUUAAAGUGUAGCAAUAGCAACAAAAUAUUUAUUCUACUGUAAAUGACAAAAGAAAAAGAAAAAUUGAGCCUUGGGACGUGCCCAUUUUUACUGUAAAUUAUGAUUCCAUAACUGACUUGUAGUAAGCAGUGUUUCUGGCCCCUAAGUAUUGCUGCCUUGUGUAUUUUAUUUAGUGUACAGUACUACAGGUGCAUACUCUGGUCAUUUUUCAAGCCAUGUUUUAUCGUAUCUGUUUUCUACUUUAUGUGAGCAAGGUUUGCUGUCCAAGGUGUAAAUAUUCAACGGGAAUAAAACUGGCAUGGUACUUUUUUCUUUUUCUUUUUUUUUUUUUUUUUUUUGGCUCUUUCAAAGAUAAUGGCCCAUCGAUGAGCAUUUUUAACAUACUCCAUAGUCUUUUCCUGUGGUGUUAGGUCUUUAUUUUUAUUUUUUUCCUGGGGGCUGGGGUGGGGGUUUGUCAUGGGGGAACUGCCCUUUAAAUUUUAAGUGACACUACAGAAAAACACAAAAAGGUGAUGGGUUGUGUUGUGCUUGUAUUGAAUGCUGUCUUGACAUCUCUUCCCUUGUCCUCCGGUAUGUUCUAAAGCUGUGUCUGAGAUCUGGAUCUGCCCAUCACUUUGGCUAGUGACAGGGCUAAUUAAUUUGCUUUAUACAUUUUCUUUUACUUUCCUUUUUUCCUUUCUGGAGGCAUCACAUGCUGGUGCUGUGUCUUUAUGAAUGUUUUAACCAUUUUCAUGGUGGAAGAAUUUUAUAUUUAUGCAGUUGUACAAUUUUAUUUUUUUCUGCAAGAAAAAGUGUAAUGUAUGAAAUAAACCAAAGUCACUUGUUUGAAAAUAAAUCUUUAUUUUGAACUUUAUAAAAAGCAAUGCAGUACCCCAUAGACUGGUGUUAAAUGUUGUCUACAGUGCAAAAUCCAUGUUCUAACAUAUGUAAUAAUUGCCAGGAGUACAGUGCUCUUGUUGAUCUUGUAUUCAGUCAGGUUAAAACAAUGGACAAUAAAAGAAUGAACACAUUC